AUGGCGUCCCUGCUGCGGGAGGAGGUGUUCGAGAGGCGCGGGCAGGCCCCGGCCCCCAGCAAGGACUUCUGCCAGCUGCUCGUCACCCGGCGGGAGGUAAUUUUCAGGUGGUGGAAAAUCUCACUUAGGAAUGAACUUCGUGAAUCAAGACCUGGAGAAAUUAAAGAAUCCCAGGAGGAUUUUUUGGAUGAUUCAUCUCUUCAUAUUCAGAUUGCUAUAGUGUUUGGUGCCAAAGUUCUGGAACAUGUCCUCAGCCUGUGCCGAGGUAACUACGACUUCCUGGAACGGCUUCCCGUCCCAUUGCUCCUGUACAUCAUUUCCUUUCUGGAGCUUGAAGAUAUUGCCAGGCUUUCUCAAGUUUCACGCAGAUUUGAAAUGAUAUGUAACAGUAAUGCGCUAUGGGAGAAUAUUGUGGAGAACUUGUGUGACACAAUUACACCUGAAAUGAAGGAACUCGCGCAGGAAAUGGGCUGGAAACAAUUCUUCUUCACGAACAGGAUUCAGCUACAGCUGCAGCUCCGAAGGAGGCGGCAGAAACGAGAUGCUCGGAACAAAAAACUAACUGAAUAA